UUUUUUCUCGUUUUCUUCUGUUCUCAGUUAAACACAUUGAUACUGGUGCGAGUUAUCAAGGAGAUGACAAACUUGCAGCAUGCAAAAGACAAAAUCAGUGAACAAAUAAGGUAAGUAUUUUUGUGGCGUCAGUAGAAGAUGCAUCUAAGCCCUUAGCCUCUUACUUUGCUAUCUUAUACGAAUAUUGCCAAUUCACAACAAGUUGAUUUUCUCUUUUUUUCAUGAUUUUAUAGACUUGGUGUCAGGGCAUGCGUGUUGAUGAUUCCUUUGCUUGGGAUCACGUGGCUAUUUGGUCUUCUGUCGCCCCUGCACAAAGCGUUUUCCUACAUUUUCAUAAUGUUCAACUCCACUCAGGUAAACUAAAUAUACCUUCUAGUGAAUGAAAUCCGUGCUCUUACAGUAUGAAGGUGAACGGGCGGUUGGUGGAUUCACCACUGAUUUAAGAAUGAAUCUUGACAAAGGUAAAAGUCGGUGCUGAAAGUGCACCUCAUUUCAGGGUACAAGUUCACUCAGCCCAUGUCUACUAAGAAUUUGUCUCUCCUGACAUAAAAACAACUUUCGAAUUAUCCCAUUAAGACAUACUUGGAAAACUCACGCUACGUAGCUGAUGAACUUUUAACAGUUACAGCGUUCUUUAGUAAACAGUGUUGAACCCUUUAACUCCCAAGAUAUUAUUAGUAAUUCUCCUUACUGUCUCCUCUACAUUUCUUCUGAUUUUACUUCCGAGAAUUUGUUAUAAGAUCAGCUUUUAAUCCCCUUAUUGAUACUUUUCUUGGUUCUCAUCACUCGUCUUCCUGAUUUUGUAUUGAUAUUGUAAGCAUUUCUGUUUGGUCACUCAUGGGAAUUAAAGGGUUGAAAAAGACACAAAAAAGGGAAUCAGGUCAUGAUUCUAAGAUUUGGUCAUAAAAAUAAAGACCCUCUUUACAAUUACAUAAAAAAAAAGUGAAACUGAGUUUUCCGGAGUAAAAGCCAAACCUCAAUAUAACAAAACAUAUAUCUAUUUUGCAUCAAUGAUCACAAUUUUGCUUAUUGAGACUAAGUCGAUUUAGGACAUGACAUUAAAGGCCUCACAAUCGAAUACCUGAGAUGACAAAAGUUUUCUUCAUCUAAUUGUAUUCCUCUCGAUAUUCAAGCAAGAAGUUGUACCAACCCUUCCUUACAAGUUUACCAGGCGGUAAACUUAGUGUAAUACAGAGACAAAGUAGAGAACCUGUGAUUAGAGAUUGAGACUAAGUCGAUUUAGGACAUGACAUUAAAGGCCUCACAAUCGAAUACCUGAGAUGACAAAAGUUUUCUUCAUCUAAUUGUAUUCCUCUCGAUAUUCAAGCAAGAAGUUGUACCAACCCUUCCUUACAAGUUUACCAGGCGGUAAACUUAGUGUAAUACAGAGACAAAGUAGAGAACCUGUGAUUAAUAGCAGUAUAGGUUUGGACAUUUUUGCUGCCCAGCAAUAUUUAAUACUAAGAGGUUUAGGGUUAGGGGAGCUUGUAUGGAAGCACUUUGAAUCUACUAAAGGCGUUAAUGUGAUUUCUGAAAUGGCCAUUUAACAGGGCUUCAUAAUAUUCCUCCUUCACUGUGUGAGAAACUCAGAGGUAUGUUAUUACAUUUUGAUUUGAAUACUCUUUAUAAGCUUUAAAUUUUUUGCUCAGAUUUUUACCUGACGAGGCUUCCACUUUGAAAUAAGAACUUAAAUUCGAUGACUGUAUAAAUGCGAAGCACAUAGAGUUGUACAGUUCUUGAGAUCGUUUUGAUAUCAACUUAUUCAUGCAGAUUAGAUCUCGCUUCAAAAGAAGGAUCAACGUUGUCAACCCAACUACAGAUGAAGUAACAGGCGUUAAGCGAGCUUCGCAAGUAAAUGAAAGUAUCAGCGUGGAUUGCCAAGAAAAAUGA